AUGGACUUUUUGCCGUACAUGUUUCUACUCCUUUCCAUUCUUGGAAUAAUAAGCCUGGGUGAAGCAGGCUGUCGUCCUCCACCUUGCAGACAAAUCUGUAAAACAGAGAGAGUCAGGGUAUGCAGAAUGGUACCAAAACGGAAAUACAGUUGCGAUCCUGAAGAUAUCGCUCGCGGAAUUGUCAGGAAGGAGAAACUGGUAUGUCAGUCAAGCAAUCCCAGCUACACUGCCAUCUGCUACUGCUUUAUGGGUGAUCCCGAUGAUGACGAGCAAAUUGCAGAAUUUUACGUGGUAAAUCGUGCCGCCAAUAUAAGCAAGCUACAAAAACAGAGAAAGAGGGUGAGCCAUUGUCGUCUACAAUAUGGAUGCAACGUUCAGUAUACGUCACACUCGGGCUACACAUGUGUUGCGUGUGUUUUCUCUAAGGAAUGCUUACCCACUACAAGAAGACCCAGGGAGAUUGACUACUGAUUUCCGCAAACAUCAAAAGAUUUUGAUCUUGAAGCCGCCACCGUACCCCAUCUCGAUGCCGCCAAUUGUUGUUCUUG